AUGCCCAAAACAGUCACACCACCUAUUAAAAGUCUUUACCCAAAUUUUCACGUAACUUCAGCAAAAAAAACAAUCAUAAUCAGUGGUGUAAGAAGAGCCCGUGCUUUAGUUCAUGGUAGAGCAGUUGGUGCAUUAUUCAAGCAGGCGCAUCAAAUACAAAUUAGUGCUUCAACACCAAACGAUCUUUCAGAAGCAAAUGUACGUAAUCGUUUGAAACUUGGCGAACCCGAUAAAUCGUCUUCAAUACCAAAAAGAGGAGUUGCACAAGAAGAUGCGGAUAAAAAAGCAAACGAAGCGAUCAUUCAAAAACAAGCAGCAGAACAAGCUGCAAAGGAAGCAUUUCAAAAAAAAACGUCAGAAGAAAAAAACAAGAGAGCUUUUUGGAAACGUCGUUUCUUUGAACUUCGCGGAAAAACACUCUAUCUUUUCCGUGACGAGAAUGACAAACUUCCGAUCUCUAAACUUGAGCUUGAUGGACAAAUUGCCGGCGUAACAGAUGCACAAUCUGAAGUUUUGAUACUUAAUUCUUUUAAAGUUGAUUUCAAAACAUCAGAAGCCUAUUAUUUCUUUUCUGAUGAUAAAAAAGAUAAAGAAUCAAUUGUUACCGCUAUAGGAAGAUAUGUUAAAUAA